GUCGUAGUUCAUCCCCUCAAAGUGCUCCUAUACUCUCGUGCUUCCAGUAAACCCCAAGAUGAGUGGGAUGGCACUCCAGGAAGCUUGAAAUUCAAAUCGCAUCGUCCUCGUGCUUCUUAUUCAUGACCUCUGACUAUGUCGCAUUGCCACCUCCUUCAUGACCCCCUUAUUUCUUGUCUCUUUCAUGCCCCUCAAUCCAUCCCUAUUCCCUCCUUCCGCCUCAACCGCACGAGAAGCAGCCGUUGGUCCCUCUGUAUAUGCAUGGGACUAGCCCCCAUGACGGGUUUGAUGACCGGUACAGUACGGGUGUUUCGUAUGUGGCCGGCAGUUCCUUUUGCUCUUGUCACGGCAAUGGUGACUAUUGGUUCGGGGAACCUUAUCCAUCCUCUCGUUUACCCUCUGCUCUCCACCGUUCUCUCCCACGUUCCCUUAUCCUUAAUUUCCUCCCUAGUUUUCGCUACAAGAUAUACAGCCCUGUGACUUGCGAAAGACACAAUUUCGGGUAUAACACUGGUCUUCGUGGGUGGUACAGUAUCCUGGAUUUACUCUCCACGCAUAAGCCAGAUAUCUUUGCAGACAUUGGUGAGGGUCU